AUGGCAGGCCCUGCGUUUACCCUGGAGGUCCUCCUACUUCUGGUGCACUUGAGUUCUGUGGCUAAUUAUCCCAAUGGAAAAGUGGCAAAGUCGUGCCAGGGAAUGGUUCCGGAACAUGCCCACAGCCCACAAUCUAAGGCUGUUCACCAGAUUUCAGUGAAUCAGAAAACGUUCACACCGGGCGAACAGAUCAAAGUGACUUUGUCAGGGCCAACAUUUAAAGGCUUUCUCCUAGAAGCUCGUGAUGCUGAAGAUUUGAGUGGCCCUCUGAUUGGCUCCUUCACAUUGAUUGACCAAGAAAUGUCGCAGAUUCUCAACUGUGAAGAUGUAGAGGGUUCAGCUGUGAGCCAUAGAAAUCCAUCCAAAAAAAAUAGUAUAGAAGUCUACUGGAAUGCUCCAAGCAGUGCUCCUAAUCAUACACAGUUUCUAGCAACAGUUGUUGAGAAGUAUAAAGUCUACUGGGUGAAGAUUCCUGGUCCCGUACUUUCACAGCCAGACGCACUUCCCUUUACAACACCUAAAGCUACAAUAGCACCAUUGUCAACGUCACCACCAGUCUCCCAUUUAACCAAUUCAUUCAGUGCUUCCGACUGUGGGAACAAGAAGUUCUGUAUCCGGAGUCCUCUGAAAUGUGACCCAGCGAAGGACCGUGCCUGCAUUUUCUUGUCCUUCAUGAAAGAUGACCAGUCAGUGAUGGUGGAAAUGAGUGGUCCCAGUAAAGGCUACUUAUCCUUUGCGCUUUCUCAUGACCGGUGGAUGGGUGAAGAUGAUGCCUACCUGUGUAUUCGUGAUGCUCAGACUGUGCACGUACAGGCUGCUCAUUUGACCGGACGAAGUCCUCCUGUGAUGAACUCCGGGGGUCCGCUGGAGGACGUGGCUUGGAGGUUGGCGGACGGUGGUCUGCAGUGUUCUUUCCGAAGAAACAUUAGCCUUCUCGGUUUUAAGGGUAGAUUUGAUCUCAACAGAAGCUACUACAUAUUUAUAGCAGAUGGUGCCACGGAUGAGGGUCAAAUUUAUAAACAUGCCCAGCAACCAUUGAUUACAUCUGAAAAACACAAUGUGACAGACCAUCCAAAGAACAUUGGAGGAUCCCGUUCUCUGCUCCUUCUGAAGGCUCACGGUGCCUUAAUGUUUGUAGCAUGGGUGACUACCGUGAGCAUAGGUGUACUCAUUGCCCGGUUCUUCAAACCUGUUUGGUCUAAAGCUUUCUUCUUUGGUGAAGCAGCUUGGUUUCAGGUGCAUCGGAUGCUCAUGAUCACCACAUCUGCCCUCACCUGUGUUGCUUUUGUUUUACCUUUCGCAUACAGAGGGGGCUGGAGUUGGCAUGCAGGUUAUCAUCCAUACCUUGGUUGCAUAGUGAUGACCUUAGCGGUUCUGCAGCCUCUUCUAGCAGCGUUCAGGCCACAAAUACACGAUCCAAGAAGGCAAAUGUUUAACUGGACUCACUGGAGUAUGGGAACAGCUGCGAGAAUAGUAGCAGUGGCAGCAAUGUUCCUUGGAAUGGAUUUGCCAGGACUGAAUCUUGCUGAGACACCAAAAACCUAUGCACUGAUUGGAUUUGUAGCCUGGCAUGUCGGAACUGAGAUUGUUCUGGAGAUACAUGCUUACCUGCUCACUCGGAAAGUUGAAAUCUUGGAUGAUACUAGAAUUCAGAUCCUUCAGUCCUUUACUGCAGCUGAAGCCGAAGGUCAUGCGUUUAAAAAGGUGGUGCUAGCAAUUUAUAUCUGUGGGAAUGUGACUUUUCUCAUCAUACUCUUAUCUGCAAUCAACCAACUAUGAAAAGGCCAAGAACUUGACUUUGGUGGACCAGGUGAUAAUUAUCAUCAAGCUAAAGAAACGUGAAGCUUGCACUGACCGCCGCAAGCCUGGCAUUGAAUUCUUACU